UUGGUCAGAAAGCAGACUACUAUAAGAAAAACCAGGAUGAUUUGUCACACAAACAAUUGUUGCGCGACUUUGGUGCGCCAGAAUCCUUGGCUGAUGAGAUGCUCGUCGACAAAGUGCCGGGUGUCGAUGUGGUGUCGGGUCGCCGCGAUGUGACCGAGCCCGAGACCCUGGCAAUGCUGGAGCGUUGCUUCCGACUGCUGACGAGUGGCAUCGGCGGCGGUACUGCUGGAGUCCCUGGAAGAAGGAGCUCCAUGCCGAUGACGCCCAACGGGAGUCGCGCCAGCACGUCCGAGCUGAAAAUCUUUCAAGACGAAGAGGGACGUUAUCUAGCGUCAUCACUCGGCGAUCCAUUAAUAAAAGGUUUAACAGAAAUAGCAACUUCUCGACCAAAAGAUCCUAUUACAUUUCUUGCGAGUUAUCUGUAUAACUUUGCCAAUAAGGACAAUGGAAAGGAUAAGAAAGAGAAUUCGAGCGGCUUAACAGUUUCAGAGAAUGAAAAGAAUGAUGAAGCUAAUCAAGAAAGCCGAACUAACGAUGACAACGAUGACGGAUAUCCUCAGAGUCCAGACUUAGACAUACCAUACACGUUUUUUACAGAAGUAGAGAGGGAUGAAGACGGACAAACUUUACUGCACGUUGCAGCAAGUCGUUCACAUUCAAAAGAUGGACUGUAUCAUCUUUUGCAAGAGAAACAAAUUAACAUUGCAUUUCGAGAUACUGAAUAUAGAACGGGCAGAGAUGUUGCGGAAUUGAAAGGAAAUCGCGAUAACGUACGAGGAAUCGAUCGAUUUGUUGUUUAUCUCGCAGCACGAGGUGAAACGGAUAAAUUAGUUGAAUUGUUGAUGGAAGGAUACGAUCAUAUUUUGGACACUCAAGAUGACGGUAAAAAUAUUCUUCGAAUAGCAGACGAUGAGAAAAAUAAGUCGACCGUUGAAUUUCUCAAAUCAAUAUCCAAUUUUAUGAAAUUAAGGGAUGGCAUUCAUAGUGCCAUAAGGUCGGGUGACCCGGUUAAGGUUCGACAACUCCUGGAGGUAAACGGAGAAGGCGCGCGGCUUCUCGUCCUCGGAAAGAAUGCAACCGGUCGUUGCGCAUUGCAUAUCGCCGUGCUUCGUGAAUACCCGGAGAUUGUCCAGUACAUCGCCAAUACGUAUCCGGAGACUUUGUGUCUUGGCGAUAAUUUAGAAAGAACAGCGUUACAUUAUGCAAUGGGAGUACCUUCGGUAGAAGAAAUGAGCAGUAUACUGAUACAAGCAGGUGCAAAACGAGUGCAAAAAGAUUUACGAUUACGACAGCCAUCUUAUUACUUCAUGGACAACACAGAUAUCAAGCAACUUCAAGAUGAAGAAGAAUCGACGAAUAAAUGAAGAAAUAGAGAGAAAAAGUAACGAGUGGAUGGUUGAGAA